AUGACCAUGUCCUCCUUCACAUCGCUCUCGCUCGACCCGAUCCCGCUCGUCUCCUUCAACAUUAAGCGGCCGAGCCGAACGCUAGACGCGAUCCGCGAGAGCGGUACGUUUAACAUCCACGUCCUGCGCGCGGACACGCACGGCGUUAAAGUGGCGGAGUGGUUCGCGACAAGCAACAUUAGCUUCAACCCGUUUGAAAAUAUCCAGUCGUCGGGAUGCCAAGUGUACCCGGAGGAGACGGGGGCGAUACUCUGGGGCGAGGGUGUGAGGACCGUGCUGAGGUGCAAGGUGGAGAAGUUGAUGAGCGUGAGAGAUCACGAAAUCGUUGCCGGUGAAGUGGUGGAGGUCGUGGGUGGCGGAGAGUUUGAGGCGCUGGCGUACGCGCAAAGGCAGUACCGACCGGUGGGACCUCCGAUACAGAAGCACCGGACCUCGUAG